UCAUAUUUUUAUCUUGUAGGUAAAAGAAAAAUUUUAGAUCCAGACUCUUUUAAAUCUAAAAAACAGUGUAAAAGGGUGCAAAAGGAAAAACAGGAGAGAGAAGAGAAGGAGAAACAGGAAAGAGAAGAAAAGGAGAAACAGGAAGAGAGAAAAAGGGAGGAAAAAGAAAAGAAAAAGAAGAAGCAAAAAGAAAGCAAAGAAAAAUAUGAAUGCCUUCCAUUAGGUUUAGAAAGUGUUGAUUACAAAUCACUCAUUGAGUCAGAAAACUUCAGCAUUAUUGAGAAAUUAACUGUAGAAGUGCAGAAAUUAUUGAAGUUGCAAAAAGAUAAUGCUGUUGAUUUAAUUUUAUCUGCAGCAUUACAUUUGAAUAUUGAAGAUUUGAUUGAUUUCAAAUACACACAAUAUCCUAUUGAAGAAACAGAUUCUGAGAAAGUCACUUACUAUUGUGAAUUUUUUAUUGGUACAACUAAACUUGCCAUCAGUGGUGGAGAAAAUAGGUACAUUGCUAAAAAAAAGGCUUCUGAAAAUGCUUUGAAUACAUUAUUAAACCUUCCCGUCAUUAAGAAGUUUUCUACGGAAGUCCAGAAAUUGAUGGGUUUUAACAACGGAGACAAUGUGCAUGAUUUAUUGUUAAGAGCAGCAAUUUCUUUGGGUAUAGAAAAUUCUUUUCAUUUAAAAUUCGCAACCCGUAUUAUGCACAGAAAAAAGUUUGAUUACACUUAUUCAGGGCAAUUUUGUGAGGUUUUUAUUGGUGCUACUAAAAUUGCUCAUGGCUCAGGUAAUACUAAAAAUGGAGCUAAAAGAAAAGCAUCCUACCAGGCUCUCUGUGUAAUGACACACAUGAAAGAUUUACCUGCUGGAACGCUAGAACGUGGGAAAUCUAUGUUGCGAAAAAGGUUGGUCUCUAAAAGUACUACUAAUGGUAAGUGGGGCAGAGAAUUAUUAGAAACAAUGGCUUUUGAAAUGAAACGGGAAACAAUGAAAGGGCAGGAUGUUCUAUCUACUGUUUAUGCAACUUUUGCCCGAAUAGGAAGACUAGAGGAUUUAGUUUACAAUUCUUAUAAAGAUGUAAACAAUCCCAAUGGUGGGGAGGCUUUAUUUGUUUGUGAUGCUUUGGUCAAUAAUGUUCCAAUGGCAAGUGGUAGAGCUCUAACCAAGAAAAAAGCCAGAGUCAUUGCUGCUAAGAAUCUAAAGAACUUCUUCUUAGACCUGUUUGAGAGCAAGAGAAAGUCCUCAGAUGCUUCUAAGGAUGUUUAUGUGGAUGUUUUGUGUCUGAUUGAUGACCAUUCCCACAGAACGCCGCUAAAUAUGGAACGUAUGUCUCUAAAUGAGACAACAAGGCAAGCAGAAAUUGUAAAAUCUAAUAUUGUUCCUACAGCAACUUUUUCUCUCCUAGACAUUAGCUCAGUAAAAGCUACUGAAACAGCAAAAGUUCCUGUCACAUAUAGCAACAAAGAAGUUAAAGAUUCUACGAAUUCUUUUUCAAUUAAUGAAAGACUAUACAAUAAUUCGAUUAAACAAAACCUCUUAUUGUUUGAUCGAUCUGAAAUAGUUGAUGAAGAACGGCACACUCUUUGUAGUAAUCUUUCUUAUGCAGCCUGUCAGUGCCAUAGAAUUCUUGGUUACAAUUAUCAUCCUCAAAUUGAUGAAACCCAUAUGGUUGACGUUUUACUUGAUCAUAAAGUUAUUGGGACUGGUAUUGCUGCUAGCAAAACAAGGGCAAAGAAUGAAGCUGUUAAAAUAGUUUUGGAAAAACUACAAAGAGAAAUCUACACUAUUAAAGUGAAUUUUCAUUCCCAUAUUCCUUCCAAAUUUUUUAUUAUGCACAUUAUUUUAUGCUAACUAAUAAUUGACUAAUAAAAUUAAAAGUACAAAGAAAGCAU